AAUCCAAAAUGGCGCCGGUGCCAGAGCGAAACCCCAUUUGGGAAAUCCACUUUCAUCUUGUUUCCUGCUCCAUGAAAAUGCGCUCCUGAUAAAAAAUCUUUGUCCCAAUUUAUUGAUCUUUUCUUCCACGGGUGUAGUUCUCAAUGAAGUGAAAAAUGUAGUGACAUUUCAGCCGAUAUUUACGAUCAAGAUGCCCAGUUCCCGAAAUGAAAGGGAAUCGAGCCCUUCUACUCGAAAUCAUAGCAAAAGCAAAAAGUCAUCCCAUAAACCAAAGAAACAUAAGAAACGUCCCAAACCUGAGGCUUCGGCUGAAAAGCUAAAGGGACAAUAUGAAGACAUUUCCUCAGCUUCCGAAGAAACCGAACAGUUGCCUGUUCAAAAGUACAGCUCGAUCUCACGGAGCCCCUCGCCCGUAGCGUCGAAAAAAUCAAAGGCUAAUGUAAAGAGAAAGAAGUCAAAAAAGGAUAAUUCAAUGCAAGGAGCAAGCAAAAAGAGCAGGAAGCGAGGCAAGUCGCCCAUGUACCAUCCACAUCCUGUUGAGGGAACUGUCUCGCCAGUUUCGAGAUCGAAGUGGAAAGAUUUGACGCCGUCCCCAAAGCCGCCACCGAGCAGGGAUACAUACCAGCAAUACUCGCGUUCUGUGUCGAAGAAGCGAGGCUCUGAGUCUCCACGUGUUCCAAUCGCCUACAGACCUAAGUCACCUAGUAUGAGUCCAAGGAGGUCACCUUACAGAGGAAGGUCUCCUUUUAAAAGCAGUUCUCCCAUAAUGAAAGCCUGGUCAAGGUCUCCUUUUAAUCACAGGUCAAGAUCACCUUCUCCUCCUCCUAAAUCAAGAGGACGGUCACCCAUAAGAACUUAUAGGUCUCAGGAGAGAUCUCCUGCUUACCGAUCACCGGUGGGACGCUUCUCACCCUAUGGUCGUAAUAGGCCUUUUACAUCCUACAGUGGCAGGAGACGGUCUCCCUCACCUUAUGGGCAUCACUCGCCAUCACCAUCAUUUAGGACUGGAGUGAGGAAUAGGAAAAACCAAGGGAGUAGGCCACGUAGUAGGUCUCCGUCACCGCCUCAGUCAGCUAGGACAAACAAUCGAAAGCGCUCACCUUCAAAGCGGUCCCCACAUAGGGGAACACCUCGAAGUCCAACUGUGCAUCAAUCAGGUUACAAAUCUGGAAGCAAGAACACAUCCUGGCAAAGGUUGAGUUCUUCAAGAAAUGACACAACCAGGCAAACAGAAACCAAGUCUACAAACAGAGACUCUAAAGAGAAGCCACCGAUUACUGAGGAAACUUUGUCCAAGGUUAAAAACAGGAUUGAUACCGUGGAUGGUGUUAAAAAGAAUUUAAUGAAGGAUGCUAUCAGCAAACCAGCAAAACCAAAUUUAGAACCUUCUACAAAAGAUUCUGCAGCCAAUGGACCUGUAAAGGGAGAUUUAAGUGCAUCUGAAGUUAAAAAAGAACCUGAAGAGACAAAAAAAUUAAUAAGUGAAUCAACACCAGCUCUUCCUCUUCCUCCCUUAAAUGAAUCAGUGCCACCACCAUUGCCAAGUGAUGAGCCUCCUCCACUCCCUCCAGAUGAGGAGAAACCUCCACCGCCGCCUGCACCAACGUUACCACCAUUACCUUUACCACCAGAACUUCCUGGCACCCCAGGCGAAUCUCCUACUUCCUACUCACCACGCUCUCCAGGGGGGAAACCUCCUGAAUCUCCCAAGUCCAACCAACAGUCCCUUCCACCAUUAAGACCUCUAAAGGAUGCAAGUGGUUCGGGUGUGCCAUCGAUAUCUGGGCCUAGUAGUCAGAGUGGAACACCACUGUCGACUCCAGACACUACACCCAAGACACCAGCAGAAAGUGAGUGGGGAGAGAGAUGCGUGGACAUGUUCCAAAUUAUUGACCAAGUGGGGGAAGGAACUUAUGGACAAGUGUACAAAGCUAAGGACAAGAUAACAGGGGAGUUGGUUGCCCUGAAAAAGGUACGAACUGACAAUGAGAAGGAAGGCUUUCCUAUUACAGCAGUCAGAGAAAUCAAAAUUCUACGGCAGCUGAAUCAUCCCAACAUUGUUAACUUAAAAGAGAUUGUGACGGACAAACCUAAUGCCCUGGAUUUCAGAAAGGAUAAAGGAGGGUUUUAUCUUGUGUUUGAGUACUUGGACCAUGAUCUUAUGGGUGUGCUCGAAUCUGGUUUGGUUCAUUUUACUGAAGAUCAUGUCAAGUCUUUCACAAAACAACUCUUAGAAGGUCUCAGCUACUGCCAUCGCAAGAACUUCCUUCAUAGGGAUAUAAAGUGCUCCAAUAUUUUACUAAGUAACAAGGGAGAAAUAAAACUGGCCGAUUUUGGAUUGGCAAGAUUGUAUGAAGCAGAUGAAAGGAGACCGUACACAAAUAAAGUCAUCACACUUUGGUACAGACCACCAGAACUGUUACUAGGAGAAGAACGCUAUGGCCCUGGUAUAGACAUCUGGAGUGUGGGGUGUAUACUUGGAGAGUUAUUCACCAAGAAACCAAUAUUUCCAGCACUGCAGGAAAUAGGACAGCUAGAACUCAUCAGUCGUAUCUGUGGCACUCCUAUGCCUGCAGUUUGGCCAGAUGUCAUCCACUUGCCUCACUUUCACACAAUCAAGCCCAAGAAACAGUACAGGAGGAGACUUAAAGAUGAAUUUUACUUUAUGCCAGCUGACGCGCUGGACCUGUUUGAUCGUAUGCUGACACUAGAUCCUUCAAAGAGAAUCACAGCUGAAGAGUCCCUACAACAUCCAUUUCUGAAGGACAUUGUUUGUGAGAACAUCAGUCCUCCAAGCUUACCAACUUGGCAGGACUGUCAUGAGAUGUGGUGCAAGAAACGCAGGCGCAAGACAGAAGGGAAAGUUGCAGAGGAUGGCAGUUCAGCUAAACAAACAAGAAGAGAAUCUGUUGCUGACAGUUUAGAAGCUUCCAACAAGGUCCCUGUUCUACCUGCAACAGAAGAGCAGACAGAGAGCUCAUUGGCACCUCUUGAAUCCUCAACUUUUCUACGUAGACAGAGCAUUGAGACCAUUGAGAUGGAAACAGAAGACAUGGCAGCCAGCGCUUAUGCUUCAAAAGAUGGACAUUCCUUCUAUGAUAGAGAACAAUCAACCCAGUAUUCAUAUACUGAACAACACCCUAAGGCUGCAUACUUAGAAGAUUCGUACUAUCAGCGUGACUACAGAGGAGAUUAUCCAGAUGGUUCUAGCAACAACUCCUACAAGACAUCUCUGGGUGAUUAUUCACAUCCAUAUUCCAAGGAGGAUGCUGAUAAUGAAAGAAGAGAUAGGUACCCACAAUCUAGUAUGCAAUAUGAACAGUUGUCUCCACCUACAGAUCAAGGGAAGCCAUCAUAUCCUGACCGGUAUAGACAUUACAGUUUCUCAGAUGGAGGUGGUAACAAAGAAUACGAUGAGAUGUCAUCACGAUACAGAGAAGAAUCAGCGUCAUACCUUUAUAGGGAGCGUUAUCCUGAGGAUUUUUCUCGUAAGCGUGAAGUUUUCGAAUACAAUGAUUCGCAAUAUGAUCGCUAUCCCGUUGCUCCUGAGAACAGAGGACAGAGUCCACGUCGCAGUGUGGAAUCUUACCCUGGGUGGUGACAUCAAGGGACUUGCCAGUGUUAGUUAACAGAAGGAGUUCAUUUUAUGCUGGUUAGCCAGAUUCAUGUCACUGCAGUAACACAAGAUAGCAACAAAUUUAUUUCAGACAAAAGACAUGUACAUAAUUUAAUUUAAGUUUUAAGAAACGAGUAGCAACAAUCUUGCCACAAGAAAAGUUUCUUUUCCUACCAAUUUGUAGGUAAACUUGUUUAUCAAAAGCUAUCACUGUAAAAUGUAGCAAUCAUAAUACACUGGUUGAUCUGAAAACAUAGUUUACUCUUACAAGACUUCACAAGUCUGUUCAAAGUAACAUAAUGUUAGUAAGCUUCUUUGCUUGAAUUUCAGCCAUCUCCUCUGAUCAUAUUCUUGAAGUAUGCAACCAGAGGAGAAAACUGAAUUUGUGGGAAGAGCUGUUGGUUUUGUGAUUGUUGCAGUUGUCUGCCACUUGCAAAGUAUUAUUACUGUCUCUGUCCUUAAAGAUUUAUUUUCUAAACAUCCUUUAAACACCAUUUACAGAAAACAAAAUGAGACAUGAAAACAUGUAGCAAAAUACAUGUUACAGCUUAUUCAGGCAAACUUGCUAUUUGUAACAUAAUGUUCUAGAAUAAAUUUUGUAUAGAAAUAAACUUUUUGAUGGUACGAAAGAAGUGACAGCUUUUUCAUUCCUUUGCCUGGAGCAUGCGCAUUUGUCAGCACUUCUGGACACGGCAGACCCUCUGUUUUCAAUUCAUCAAGUGAGAAGCAUAAAAAAAGCCUUUAGUAAAGUUCUUGUCUCUGCAAGACAGUUUGCAGCUCUCUAAAAAUAUCCACACCCUUCUCAUGGAAAGUCACUGGAAAUAUCAAGGGAGCUGGAGGUUGGAGGUUUCAGAUGUCAAAAAUUCAGUACAGAUAUCAUGUUGCAGAAACUUAGUGUUUUUAUUGAUUGCACGUGGAAAAAUUAAUUAAUGACCAUAUCCCGAUGUUAUUACUUGCUUUGCCAACAAAUCAUUAAAUCAGGAGUUUGUUUACAACUUCCCGAUUUAACGAUAUGAUUUUGACCUUGCCUUAUCAUGAAAUAUGUUUUUCCAGAAAAUAUCCAUACCCCUCCCACAGAAGGUUUUUUGGUUAGAACCC